AUGAGUGGCAAUCACGGUGCGUCGGGAUCUACAGGGACCUCCGACCCCACAAGGGUUCGUGGACCGUUCGAUGUUGAGACUCCUCAAUUAUCUCCAGAGCAGAGGGCUCGGCUUCGGAGGGAGUCUGACGCUUUGAGGAACACGGUCACCUUGGUUGCCGGCGAGAGUGCGAUGCAGGCAAGGUUGAUGAGCCAGAUCUCUCCGCAUGCGAUAAGAGAUGAGAGCGGGUCGGAAGGAGAGUCGACGGCCAAAGCCAUGGUGAAGACACGUGUCGAGCAAGAGGUAACGGAAGCACAGCAGCAGCAGCAGCAGAGUCAAGAGCCUCAACAAGAUCAAACAUCUGAAGAGGUUUCAGUUACAUCCGACUCGGAGGAUUACGAGUCCUUCAGCAAUGAGGAGAAGAGCAAAGGAUCCGGGUCUGGGUCUGGAUCCGGUGGCGAAGAGACUGGUGGCCAGGAGAGCAGCAAAAAGAGAGCAGCCGGGUCCGAUGUCGAUGAUUCGGAUGACCAUAAGCGGCAAAGAGCUUCGUCACAAUGA